AUGGCGUCUGACAUUGGGAGCACCAGUCAGCACCCGCUCUUCGUAGACAUUGAGAUGGUUGAGAUGGGGACGCCACCAAGACAUUCAUUUGACACACAUGCAUCAAUCGAGACUGUAGGAACAUCAGUCGAGACUGUAGGAACAUCGGCCGUGACACAUGAGACUGAUUUUUCUUUUGGUGCACCAAAUUAUUGGACGUGGCGGAGGAUUCUGAUGGCGAUUGCUUUGGUGGGGCUUAUUGCUGUUGUAGCCAUAACAGCGAUAUUGUUUUUGGUCUUACGACAAGACCACUUAAAAACUCACAAGCUUCAUCCGCAUCCUGAGUGCCAACUCAGCCUCACUGUGUCCCAGGACGGUAAAUCGAAUUUUACAACGAUCUCGGAUGCCUUGGAUGCGUGCCCCAGCUCCAACUCCAGCUCUUUCAAGAUUUGCAUUCUGGUUCGGGCGGGCGAGUAUAAUGAGAAACUGAACAUCGCCGACGAAAAGAUGUAUGUCAUGUUGAUUGGAGAGGGAGCUGAGAAGACAAUCAUAACAUCAAAUUCGAGUUUAGUUGUCGGUACCAGUAUCUUGCCAUCUGCCACACUCACGAUCCUUGGCGAAGGCUUUAUAGCGCAAGAUCUGACGAUCGAGAACAAAAAUGAGUAUGGAUUAGCGGUGGAGAAUUUCGGCGAUAAAACUGUUUUUUUCCAGUGUACAUUGAAAGCAUUCAAUGCCACCCUGCACAUGGAAGGAAUUAGACAGUUUUAUCAGAGUUGCACCUUUCACGGUAAAACUAGUUUAGUGUCUGGUUUUGCCGAUUCCUUCUUCCAGAGGUGCGAGUUUUUUAGCAUGAAAUCGUAUCCUCAGGAUAGAACUUUUUUCUUCACACAAACUCCACCCAGGCCAUCUCAUUAUUAUAUAUUCAUUUUCCACAUUUGCUCGUUCCACGUCGUCCCGAAAUUCAACAACACCUUUCGAACAACGUAUCUCGGAGGAGAUUUUGGGGAUUUUGGGAACGUUGUAGUUUUACAAUCGUCAUUGGACAGUUCUAUUGGUGGUUAUUACCUUGGUGGUCCUCCUCCAAACACUUGCUUGUAUAAGAUUUAUGAAAAUACAAGAAAUGGAGAGCCUAUCAAAAAUAUUCCAUCAUAUAUUCUGUCAUUGCCUAGUGUUGAGAGUGCUGCUGAAUUUUCCUUAAGAGGCUUCAUGGACGUGAACAAUUGGAUACCUCCUGGGAUAGAUUACGACUUAGGAUCUGACUAA